CUGAUGCGGCUGUCCGCCGGCUCCGACGGCGCGCUCAGCCUCGUGCUGCCGCAGCACGGCCUGCACCUGCGCUUCCGCAACGCCACGCUCCUCGUCUCGGCGAGCAUGGGCACUCGUGGUCGGCUGUGCGGCAUCUGUGGCAACAACGACGGCGAGUACGUGGGAGACCUGACCAACCCGCGCGGCAACCAGGAGAAGACGGCCACCAGCUUCGCUGCGUCCUACAAGCUGUAGUCUGAGCCUGACCUCUUAGCAUUUCCUCUUUUGUACA